AUGCUCCUGACGAUCCCCACGCUGUCGGCGAGCCCCCUCGCGGUGCCACACGAGAGCCACCAGCCGGCCGGCCGGACGCACGCCCCCGCCCCGCCAUGGCCACCCCCGCAGGAGCCACACGCCCCAGGCGACCGGACAAACUGUGCCACGAACUGUAGCAGUAUUGCCGAGGCGCCGGCCAACGCCACGCGCCAUCUUGCGACCCAAGAAGCCACGCUCCGCGAGCAGCGCGCCGCUAACACUGCUCUUAGGAUUGCGAUAGUAGUCGUUUUUCUGGUUGGAGCUGCAGUAUUAACGUUCUUUGGAAUUGUGUGUUGCUUGCGGGCAACCCAGAGGGCCUCCAGGGCUCUGGCACUACCAAUACCGCUCCUGCCAGACGAUCAAACUCCUCUCAACGCGGAGCCGGAACAUCCUGUAUCCAUGCUCUCGGUACAGUCACCCGGCUGCGCGGGAAUGGAGCGGCUCGGCGUUCCUGCCCGCACUUCACUCAAUCCUCCAUCAAUCCAUGAUGACAGAAACCACAUAAGUCGAAGGAUGCGGGUCGAUGCCAUCCAGGACAGGGAUUCACUCCAGCAUCAAAAUGUGAUUCGGUAUCCACACCACGUCCCUCGGGGUGGAGACAGUGAAUGGAGCGCGGAUCGAGAAUUACACAUAAGAGCUCCAUAUCAGACGGAGAUUACGAGGACUUACAUCCGGCCUCCACCCAACAAGACCGCUCUAGACGUUCCAGACACCUCCUAUAGUCCGGUAGCGCUGUCGCAGCGCUCCGCCGGCUCCAGCUCCAGCAAGCCCAGCAAGUCCAGCACGUUCAAGUUCUGGCGCGGCAAGGAGUCGCCGUCGCGCAGCCAAGCGCCGGCCGCCUGCCAUCCGCCCGGCCGGCCCGUGGUCACGGCGCCCAACAUCGUGGAAAACGGCCAGCAUAUUUGACCCCCCUGCAGCUGAACGGGUUAGGCGUCUCUUAAAGCAACAAAUCGCGUUAAAUUAAUUUUGAUAGGAAAAUUUUUACCUUGUUACUCUAACGAAAUUUAUGUGAAAGGGGAAAGUGUGAAGUGUGGACAUAGGGCAAAUUGAUGAAUCACGAUAAUGGCUGGGAAUGUGUAAUCCUUGUAGGCAUGAACCUAGAGCAAAGUCAAAUUUCUGUAUAAUGAACUAGACCAGCGAUUGUGAUACCGGUGAGAAUAUGUGUGUGACCAAAAAGGAGAAGAGGAAAAUGGGCAGGACAAAAGUGAACAAGUGCAGUGCGAACUUCUAGCAAGAUGAACAAUCAUCACAAGAAUCUCCAGGAAAGCGGAAAAAUGACAACAGCACGAGAGGUCGCACGGUGCAGCAAAAGGGACGCCAUGAUGGACGGCAAAUACUGAGAAAGACAACAAAGAAGCAUCAAUGGAAAAAGAAGAGACAAAAACUUGAGGAAGUGAGGAAAGCGCAGAUUAGAAAGUAUUUUUUACGUAAGCAAAAGUGAGAGAGAGAGAAAAAUCAUUAAAUUAAAAUAAUUUACAAGUUGAUGUUACUGUUGUUGUUAUUGUGGCAAAAAAGCAAAAAGUAAAAAAACACUUGAAAAAUUUGAAGCUAGAAUUCUUAACUAAUUAAGUGAAUCGACGAAAACAAACAAAACUCCUAAUCCAUUGGCUAUAGAAAAAAAAACCCGAGGAAAAGAGAGAGAAAGGGUAAAAUGUAUAAAGAAAGUAUCAAAAAAAUCUUUCUAUGAUGAGGAAUAAAAAUACAAAGAUUAUUUAGAAAUUGAUUGACAAAGAAUUUGAGUGAAUUUGGUGAACAAAAUUCGGUGUGUUUCGGGAUAAAGGAAUGCCGACAACGCGCUAACAUACAAAUUAUUCAAAGAGUAAAGACUGAAUUACCAAUUUAAUAUUAAAUAAAAUUAUAAUUAAAAAGAGAUGAAUUAAGAAAUAUUAGAUGGAAGGGAAGAAGAAGGAAAAUUGUAAUAUUUGACAGUAAAAUCCAUUCUUCAUUUCUUAAAUUAAUAUUAAUUAAAGAAAUAAAAAAAAACACUUGUUAUUAACUCCUUAUUUAAAUUUUCGUCUAAGAAUAGACGAUAGAGGGUGGAAAAAUUGUAUUCAGUCGCUCUAAAAGUGCAAAAAAGAAUUUCGAUGAAAUCAGGCAGAAAUAUUCUUUUAAUCCAAAAUAUAAUUGAAAAAAAGAUAUUCUAAAAAAUGAAAGUGAGAAUUAGAAACCUUAUCAAUGUGGAAAAGAUCAUCGUCAAAUGCUGGACAUUUGGCAAUUGUGAGAAAAAAAACUUAUAAUUCAGUCUGAUAUUGAAUUUUAGUACAACGUGUAAGAAAUUCGAUCAUUUCUGUUUUCUAUUGUUGAAUGUGACGUAUUUGAUUUUCUGAAAAUAUUCAAAAACAGCUUUUUUCCGACAUUUCAAUUGCUUUCCUAUCAAAAAAUUGACUUCUUAUCAUUAAAAUACUUUUUUAGAUGAAAGAAUAAAAACACCCAAAUAUGUCAUUUUUCUUAGCUUCGAACAGAAGACAAGUCGAAAUAGAAGAAGAACAAUCUCAAAGAGAGGAAAGCAUGAAGAAAAUCGCUCAAGAACCAAAUUUUCUAAAUUUUUCUUUCCCAUCUCAUUGCGAUAAUGAAGAAAAGUUCAGAAAUUUUAGGUUUUCAAACCGCUUUUAGAUGUCUCAGCCAAUAUUUAAACAAAAAUGAUGUGAAAAAUCAUACAAAAAUGAAGAAAUAGCCAAUAGAAAUUAUGCAAAUAAUUAAGAAUGAUGAAUUCAAAAGAAAUCAAGAAAGCAUUGAAAUAUUAAAUAGCACAAUUACCGUACAAUAUUAAUGAAGGAAAAUAAAACAGCAAAGAAAAGAUUGUACAGGAAAAAAACAUUGAACAAUAUUCAUUUUUACACUCCCGAUAAUAAAAAAAAUCUAUUGCUGAAGUUUCUUUUUUUUCGAAAAAAGUAAAAACCAAGCAUUUCUGGAUGUGCAACAAAGAAUAUUACAAAACAUAAUAAUAAACUGUAUAUACUCGAGCCAAUUUGAAAAGAGAAUAAGAAAGAUAACGUAUUUAAUCGCAAAGGACACACAACAAAAUUGAUGGAAUUUUGCAGAUACACGAAGAAAUAUAUUCCAUUUGAAAAAUAUGUAAAAACAAUAAGAAAUUGAUUUUUGAACUAGUCCUAAAUUAGAAAAGAUGAAGAAACAUCGGAAAAUGCAUGAGAAAAACUGUCUUAAAGAGAAAGAGAAAAAUAUAAUAGAAACUAGACAAAUAUUAUUUUUUGAAUAAAAAAAUUAUAUUUUGAAAUUGUAAAUAGUGUAAUAUAGAACAUUUAAAUUAAAUUAAUUAUGGUGACAUGACGAGCGAGGAUGUAAAAGGAAAAUUCAAAAGGAUUCAAAAGAAUGAAGAAGAAAAAUUUACUCGUGCAUUUAAGAAGGAAGCCCAAGAACGGUGAUUAGUUCAAUAAGACAAUUCAAUCUUUACACUGACUUUUAUUUUCAUUUCUUCUCUCGCCUAGAAAACUUUUACAAAAGAAACCUAGCAGUUCGACAGCAAAGUAACAAAGCUUUCUUGAAAAGACAGUCAAGUUCGCAGGAGAAAAUGAAAUGAUAAAAGUAAUAAAUAUUGAAGAGGAAACACAACUUCUUUUUUAGGUAUUUAAAUGUAUGCAUAGAAGAUGGAAUAUCAAACAGCGAUGCAAAAGAAAACACAAAUCCGACAGAGAGAGAGAGGCAAAGUUGAAAAGCGAGAGAGAUCAAUCAUUAUUCAUAAUUUAGAAGCGAAAGAAAAGCAAGAAAUCUUCCGAUGUUUUGUGAAGACGAAGAGAUGCAAAAGCAACACAAGUUUAUAUUUAUGUAAUUAUUUAAUUUAACACAACAAAAGCAAGAAAACAAGCUGACAGUUGCAGCGAUAAACCCACUAAACCCAUAGUGAGUAAAAACGCAGCGGCAAGAAUGGCAGAAGGAAAACUCUGUGUCCUAAAUAAAAGAUUUUUUUCGAGAAGAGAAAAGAUGGAAAGAACACGCAAGGAAAUAUGAGGAACUUAUUACUAUUACUCAAUUAUUAUUUUAUAAAAAUAAAAGAAUAAUGAUAAUAAUAAAAGAAAUUUAACAUUCCCCA